AUUUACUGUCACACACUGCACAAAGCAUGACUCUUGAUUCUUAAUUUCUUGCCUCUCCCUCCUGAAAAUUCUCCCACAUUUUAAGAAAAGUCUUGCCAUUUUUUUAAAGAGAAGAGGCUUUGUUAAGACAUCAAAGGAACUGAGGUCAGGGCCUACUGCACCUCUUAACCAACCAAGAAACCUAACACCUAAUUUUUAUUCUCAACUUGCCAUUUUCUGUUUUUGUUUUUCAAAACCCUCUUUGGCAUGUUUUCUCUUUCAUGGCUCCCCACCUUCUUUCAUCUCUUCUUUAGAUCCUUCUCUUCUCAUCAGUAUAUUGGCAGGUUUUUUGGUUUACCUUAAUGGGUUCUCUUUUUUCUGUUAGUGCAAAUCAAUAAGCUAGUCAUUUCAAUCACAGGUAGAAAAUUUUUAUGUUCGUGCAUUCAUCAAGAAUAAUAGAAGAAACAUAGAGAAUAGAGCAUUGCAAAGUUGCCUGAAGAAGAGAGAAAAGCUAUUGUUUCUCUCUCAAAUCUCCCAUUUCUUUGCUCCAUCACAGCCAUUCCCUAGAGGCAAAACAACCAUCUGUGCACGUACUUUUGGAUUUUCCUCCUCUUCUGUGUCAUUUGUUUCCACCAUGGCCACCAAGAUCAAAGGGAUCUAUAAGGGCUUCAAGUACAUAACCCAAAUCUUUGCAGUGGUGAAGGAAAGAGAGAUGGAAAUUGGGUACCCAACAGACGUCAAGCAUGUGGCACACAUAGGUUGGGAUGGCCCUUCUGGCACUGCACCCAGUUGGAUGAAUGAGUUCAAAACACCUCCUGAUUUCGCAACAACAACACUCGGCAAUGCAAGAGAUCCUAAUUCUCUUGCUUUCUCUUCAUGGGCCUCUCAUGAUUUUGAUCAAUCUAUUGGAAAUCAAUCCUUGUCCAAUUCGUUCAGUAACAUUCUAUCGUCAGAUCUUCCAAGUAUUCCCAAGAAACAAAAAUGGAAAAAGAAGACUAGAAGUUCCUCUCCCAAAACCUCAUCCACCACUUCAAGAGCCUCACUAGCAAUGAAGUCCAAGGCUGCAUACCAUGAACUGGACUCAACACCAAACUUACAAGUCUAGAAAUAUGAAGACUUAGUGGAAAUUAACAGCACAGAAAACUCUCACUGUGCUUAUGAAAAAUUGAAAAAUUUCACCAUUUCUGUAUUCUGGAUCAGUGUCAUGAGAGCAGGAAGAGCACAACUUUUGCAAAUUGUCAAUUUUAUGGAUGGAAGGUGAGAUUUUAAGCAAGGAAGACAAAUAUGAAGAUGAAGAAAGAUGAAUUAUUGGUGUAGCUACUAGCUAGAUGCAAAAUAUUUGUUGGUUUUACCCUUAUGACUCAACAGAAGUAGAAAUGUGGGAUUGGUAAAUUGUACUAGUGGAAAAGUUUUGCUAAUUUAAAUGAUUGGAUUCAAAAGAA